AUGGCCAACGGCCUAGAUGAAAACUCACACCUCCCCGCCUCUCUCCGCGUCAUCACCCUCAACUGCUGGGGCCUCAAAUUCCUCUCCAAGCACCGCCACGCCCGCCUGACAGAAAUCGGCCAUCAACUCGCCACCGCAUCUCCCGCGCCUUCCAUCGUCGCCCUGCAAGAAUGCUGGACGCAACAGGACUACCUCACCAUCCGAAAGCUCACCCAAACCGUCCUGCCCCACGGCAAAUUCUACUUCUCCGGCGUGCUCGGCGGCGGCCUCGCCAUCCUCUCCAAAUGGCCCAUCGAAGAGUCAAGCAUGUACCGCUAUCCCCUCAACGGCCGACCCGCCGCUUUCUUCCGAGGAGACUGGUACGUAGGCAAAGGCGUGGCGUGCGCACGCAUCCGACUCGGUGACGGUGCUUCCGCGGACCAAGUCGUCGAAGUCUUCUGCACGCACCUGCACGCCCCGUACGAACAAGACGACUCCUACCUCUGCCACCGCACAGCGCAAGCGUGGGAGAUUGCACGGCUGAUGCGCCUCGCCGCCGAGCGCGGGCACAUGGUUCUCGGGCUGGGCGACUUCAACAUGGUGCCGUUGAGUCUGGGGCAUCGGCUGGUGGAGGCGCAUUCGCCUGUGCGCGACGUGUGGCGGAUUUUGAAGCCGGAUUCUGCGCUGGGGUCCGCGAGGCAUGCGGCUGAGAAGGCGAGGGGACGGCCGGUGCCGAGUGCGAGGGAGUGUUUGGUGGAGCAUGGGGCGACGUGUGAUGGGAAGUUGAAUACGUGGAAGUGGAGCAAGCAGUUGCGGAAGGAGUUGGAUCGGGGGAGGGAGAGUGAGGUUGAUCCCGAUGCGCCGGAUGAAGGGGCGCGGCGGCUGGACUACGUCUUCUCCUAUGAUGGGGGUGGAGGGAAGGGGGACAGAUGGAGGGUGGAGAGUGCGGAAGUGGGAAUGUUGAUGCGGCAUCCUACACUGAAGUGCUCGCUGAGCGACCACUUUUCCGUCGAAGCCACGCUCGUGCGUGCAUCCGGACAAAAGACUGCAUCCUCCUCGCCAUCACCACCGAUGACGUCCCCACUACCCAGCUCAACCUACGACGAAGUGCUCGCCCUAAUCUCGCUCUACGAGCAGCGCGAGCGCAAACAGCAGCGCGUCCAACUCACGCACUUCUGGGCGCAGACGGCCAUUUCCAUCGGCUGCUUCAUCGCCGUCUGGUGGUCGCCGGCGAACUACGUGGCCUUUAUCCUGAUGCUGCUGAGCACCAUUGGCUUCGGCGCGGGCAUUCUGAACGGGCUGAUGGGCUUCUUGUUCGUCGAGAGCGAGUUGAAGGCGUUGAAGGAGUUUGAGUACGACAUUCGCACUGCGAGGCUGCGGGCGAAGGAUGGGGCUGGUAGUUCGUGA